AUGGAGGGUCAUGAUCAGAUGGAUCUUAUUGGAGAAAAUUUUGAGAAUGGUUUGAUGGGGAGGAUGAGGGAUGAUGAGAAUGACAGCAGGUCUGGAAGUGAUAAUUUUGAAGGUGGAUCUGGUGAUGAUCAAGAUGCUGGUGAUAACACCCCACAGAGGAAGAAAAAAUAUCAUAGACACACUCCUCAACAAAUUCAGCAGCUUGAAUCUUUCUUCAAGGAUUGUCCUCAUCCUGAUGAGAAGCAAAGAUCAGAUCUUGGUAAGAAGCUUGGUUUGGAGAAUAAGCAAAUCAAGUUCUGGUUCCAGAAUCGGCGAACCCAAAUGAAGGCACAACUGGAACGCCAUGAGAACAUGAUUCUUAAGCAGGAAAAUGACAAGCUCCGAGCUGAGAACACCAUGAUGAGGGAAGCUAUUGAAAAUCCAAUAUGUAACAACUGUGGUGGACAUGCCAUUCCUGGCCAAAUUUCAAUGGAGGAGCACCAGAUGAGAAUUGAAAAUGCUCGACUGCAGGAUGAACUUAACAGAGUCUCUGCCUUAACAAACAAGUUCUUUGGCGGGCCGGUCUCACGGUUGGCCAGUCCCAUUGCUAUGCCAACCCCAAAUUCUGGUCUCAACCUCUCUAUUGGAAGGAAUGCAAUUGGUGGUUCAAGCAACUUUGCCAUGCCCUUGCCAAUGGGACUUGAUUUGGGAGAAGGAGUUUUGGGCAAUCCACCACCACCUCCUCUUCCAAUGUCUGGGAUUCGACCACCAAUGGGAAACGGAGUCCAGAUUGAUCCAUCUAUGCUUGCUAAUCUUGCAGCAUCUGCUAUGGAUGAAUUAAUUGGGAUGGCUCAGAUAGAUAACUCUCUUUGGAUUAAGAGUUCAGAUGGAGGGAAGGAAGUACUGAACCAUGAGGAGUAUGCGAGGAUGUCUUCUAUCUAUAAUGGUACUAAACCCAUUGGUUAUGCAACUGAAGCUACAAGAGAAACUGGGGUAGUACUAAUUAACAGUUUGGCCCUUGUGGACUCAUUGAUGGAUGUGGAUCUUUGGUCGGAGAUGUUUCCAUCUAUGAUUGCCAGAGCUGUCACCCUGGGAGUAAUUUUUAGUGUGGCUGGAACCAGGAAUGGUACUUUGCAACUGAUGAAUGCUGAGCUUCAAUUGGUUUCUCCACUGGUACCUGUUCGUCAAGUGAAUUUCCUCAGGUAUUGCAAGCAGCAUGCAGUAGGUAUAUGGGUUGUGGUUGAUCUUUCGGUUGACAUUGGUCGCAAUGCUACCAAUUCAUACCCAAUCAUGAGCUGUAGGAAGCUUCCUUCGGGCUGUAUUGUGCAGGAUAUGUCCAAUGGUUUAACCAAGAUUACAUGGAUUGAUCAUUCCCAGUAUGAUGAGAGUGUUAUCCCCCAACUCUAUCGCCCAUUGGUUAGUUCAGGCAUUGGAUUUGGUGCUCAGAGAUGGAUUGCCACUCUCCAAAGGCAGUGUCAAUGCUUGGCAAUCCUCUCUUCCCCUUCCAUCCGAGCUGAGAACACUAAAGCCCUAGUAGGCCAACCCGGCAUGAAAAGCUUACUGAAGCUCACGCAACGCAUGACAGAAUGCUUCUGUUCUGGGAUUUGUUCUUCGUCUAUACGCAAGUGGGAGAUCAUUCCUCUUGCAACAAUUGCUGAUGACAUGAAACUGAUGACCCGGAAAAAUGUGGAUGAUCCAGGUGAGGCUCUCGGCAUUAUGCUGAGUGUUGCAACUUCUGUUUGGAUGCCGGUGUCGAGGCAAAGGCUGUUUGACUUCCUGCGUGAUGCACGGAUGAGAAGGCAUUGGGACGACUCGGCCAGUGAUGUUACAGUGAACGAGAUUCACAGUAUUGUUAAAGCGCAAGGACAAGGAAAUUGCAUUUCUAUACUUCGCGCUAAUGUAAGUCAUGCUAAUGACUACGGGAACAGCAUAUAUGUGCAAGAAUCAUGGACUGAUGCCACCGGCUCGAUGAUAGUGUAUAGCCCGAUAAAUGCGCAGGCGUUGAAAGUGGUGGUUAGUGGUGGAGAUUCUGCAUGUGUAAGACUCUUGCCUUCGGGCUUUACGAUUCUUCCAGAUGGUAAUUCAAACAGCGGCAACGGUGACGGUAGUGGCGGCGGUGGAUGUUUGUUAACAGUGGGGAGACAAAUCAUGGUGAAUAAUCUCCCACAAGCUAAGUUCACAGUGGAGUCAGUUACUAGACUUAAUGACACCGUCUCGGGCACCAUACAGAAGAUCAAAGCUGCACUUGGAGUUGCAUGA